CGCCCCUCAGAGCGCUUCUUCCGGGUGGGGCCCGGGGCCGAGGCGAUGGCGCCCUGGGCGCUCCUCAGCCCUGGGGUCCUGGUGCGGACCGGGCACACCGUGCUGACCUGGGGGAUCACGCUGGUGCUCUUCCUGCACGAUACCGAGCUGCGGCGGUGGGAGGAACAGGGGGAGCUGCUGCUGCCCCUUGCCUUCCUGCUCCUGGUGCUGGGCUCCCUGCUGCUCUACCUGGCCGUGUCACUCAUGGACCCUGGCUACGUGAGCCUUCAGCCCCAGCCCCAGGAGGAGCCCAAGGAGGAGCAGACAGCCAUGGUUCCUCAGGUCGUGCCCCUUCGGCGCUGCAGAUACUGCCUGGUGCUGCAGCCCCUGCGGGCCCGGCACUGCAGGGACUGCCGCCGCUGCGUCCGCCGCUACGACCACCACUGCCCCUGGAUGGAGAACUGCGUGGGGGAGCGCAACCAUCCGCUCUUCGUGGCCUACUUGGCCCUGCAGCUGGUGGUGCUUCUGUGGGGCCUGCACCUGGCCUGGUCCGGCCUCCGGUUCUUCCAGCCCUGGGGGCUGUGGCUGCGGUCCUGUGGGCUCCUGUUCGUCACCUUUCUGCUGCUGUCCCUCUCCUCCCUGGUGGCCGGCCUGCUGCUGGCCUCGCACCUGUACCUGGUGGCCAGCAACACCACCACUUGGGAGUUCAUCUCCUCACACCGCAUCGCCUACCUCCGCCAGCGCCCCAGCAACCCCUUCGACCGCGGCCUGACCCGCAACCUGGCCCACUUCUUCUGUGGGUGGCCCUCAGGGUCCUGGGAGACGCUCUGGGCUGAGGAGGAGGAGGGCAGGAGCCAGGUUGUUUAGGGUCCCUGGAGGCAGGGCCACCAUCCUGUGGCUGGAACCAGAAGGGCUGGCCCCAGCUGGGGCAGCGCUGGGGGCCUGGGCUCCUCACUCCUGCCACUCCUCCAGCUGGAGCAGAGCCUCAGGACGGAAUCCCUGCCUCCAGGGCAGUUCUGCUUUCCAAGGAAGGGGAGAGGAAGAGGACCUGGGGGCGGGCACAGAGGCUGGGGCCCCCACCCCAGCCGGCUGCCUCCACUGCAGUUUUACAGGUUUAAUAAUCCGCGAAGCCAGUCGAGCAUUAAAAAUACAAACCCCCCCAC